GCUCCUGGUGCUGCUUGUGUGCUCGUUCGGUGCGGACCUGGUACCUCUUUUGUGAAGCGGCAGCUGAGGAGACUCCGGCGCUCGCCAUGGCCGACGAAAAGCCCAAGGAAGGAGUCAAGACUGAGAACAACGAUCAUAUUAAUUUGAAGGUGGCGGGGCAGGAUGGUUCUGUGGUGCAGUUUAAGAUUAAGAGGCAUACACCACUUAGUAAACUAAUGAAAGCCUAUUGUGAACGACAGGGUUUGUCAAUGAGGCAGAUCAGAUUCCGAUUUGACGGGCAGCCAAUCAAUGAAACAGACACACCUGCACAGUUGGAAAUGGAGGAUGAAGAUACAAUUGAUGUGUUCCAGCAGCAGACAGGAGGUGUCUACUAAAAAGGGAACCUGCUACUUUACUCCAGAAUUCUGUUCCUCCAGACCAAGAAGACAUUCUCAAUUAGAAAAACACAAUUUGGUUCUACCACAUCCUGACUACUACAGUAUAGUUUUCUCUAUUCUUUCAUUUUCCCCUUCCCCAUUCCUUUAUUGUACAUAAAGUAACUGGUGUAUGUGCACAAGCAUAUUGCAUUUUUUUUUUAAACUAAAUGGCCAAUGGUAUGUUUUGAUUGACAUCAAAUGGAGAUGGGAUGGGGAAAAAUACUGGUUCUGUGAAAAUACCCCCUUUCUCCAUUAGUGGCAUGCUCAUUCAUUUCUUAUCUUUAUAUUCCAGUAAGUUAUUUUGCUCUCACUGUUUAAC